AUGAAUAUUGAUCCGCAGCUUGUUACAGCCAUCACUGCCGACAGGACAGGGUUCACCCGGGAGCAACCACGCGUGGAUCCCCCCGGGCCGCACCGCGGGGCGGCGAUGAUGGUGGGGGGCGGCGCCGGCUGCGCCCCCGCGGAGCGGAGCGCGGGGAGGGCGCGGGGCCGCGUGCCAAUGGCUGCUCUGCCCCCUCCUCUACCCCCACCCCGCCGCCCGCUCUCCUCCUCCCCGCCGCUCACUCCGCGUCUCCAGCGCCCAGGCGGAGGUUCCGCGAGGAGGCGGCGGCGGCGGAGGCUCCGCGGCAGCGCUGCCCUCCGCCCGGCCCCGGCCCCGCGCUGGCACCCGCGGCUCUCCGGCAGCGCGGAGCGGGGGAUGCUGGAAUGCCCGGACGGUGGGGCCAAGGCGGCCCCCGUCCAGCAGCAUAAGAUCUCCUUCUCCAUCCUAGACAUCCUGGAUCCUCAGAAAUUCACCCGGAGAAGCGAAACGGCCGCGGGGAGCGGGGGCAGCGCCUGCCGCUCGGGAGAGCAGGAAAAAAGUUUGGCGAGAGUUGAAGUAGGAAAAGGCGCUGCUCAGCACGAGAGCGAGAGGAAUAAACUAGAGGCGGAUGGUAGGAACGCGUUCGAGUUUCUCUGUUCGGCGCUGGCGGGGCGAGCAGGUGCCGGUAGCCGGGGAGCAUCCCCCGAGUCCGGACAGCUGCGGGGGGGUCGGGCUGCGGUCCGCCGUCCGUCGGGAGGGAGGCGAGGCGGGGGGAGAGGGGGAUGCAGCCCCUUUCGAGUCUCGAAGAUAGAAAAGUCCCCACCGGGCAAUCCUCCGGCUGCGCCCCGCGCGCACCACGACGUCGCCAGGCCCCAAAUGGAAGCGUCCCUGGGCCACCCUUCCCCGGGCAGGGAGGGGGUCCCGGUCCCGAUGCCGAUCUACGCCCGCUGUCCGCCGACUGCCCCCCCCCGCACCCGGGACAGCCGGCUGGAUGCGCGCACCCCGGCGGAGAGCGGCGCGGAGGCAGCGGUCGAGGAGGGGCAGCCAGCGGCCGGCGCCGGCUCCUCUUCGUGCUCCGCAGCCACGGGGCCGGAGGAGCCGGGCUCGCCGCGAGGCUGCCGACGGCGUCGGGCCGAGGCGAGCUGCGCCAAACCGCGGCGAGCGCGGACGGCUUUCACCUACGAGCAGCUGGUGGCUUUGGAGAACAAAUUCCGCGCCACCCGGUACCUGUCGGUGUGCGAACGCCUCAACCUGGCGCUCUCCCUCAGCCUCACCGAGACGCAGGUGAAAAUCUGGUUCCAGAACCGUCGCACCAAGUGGAAGAAGCAGCAUCCCGGAGCCGACGGAGCGGCCGCCUCCGCUCCCCCCGCCGCCGCCCGCUGCUCCCCCAGCCCGCCGCGCCCCGCAGCGCUGCCCGGCCAGACUUUCCCCUCGUACGCCGCCGCCAGCGCUCUCUUCCCAGCCGCCUCUCCCUUCCCCCUGGGCGGCCCCGGCGGCGGACCCUUCGCUCCCUUCUUGGGGCCGGCGUACCUCGGGCCCUUCUACGCCCCGCACCUCUGA